UUCCCCACGUUAUACUGAAGCAACUUUAGUUCAGGAUUUACCGUAACGCCGCCGUCGCCCCAACGUAGACGCAACUUCUGAUUGUUGUAUGAAACUAAAAAUAUGAAAAAUCGACAGGACAGACUUGAAUAUCCAUUGGAUACAACUGGAAUUCCAUUUGACAAGCGAUAAUGGCGUGCAUCCUUGCCGCAUAUCUGACUGUUUUAUUUCGAUAAACCGUCACCGACGAAAACUUGUGGCGUCCAUCAAGCCUUGGGGUGAACUUAUGGCGAACAUAAGUGCAGUGAGGAGUGCAACUCGUCGCAUCCUAACUUUUCGACGUCGUCGGCUACUCUAAACUCUACACGAACGAAACACAUCUACCUCAUCACCGACGUCGAUUACGCCGAUUAAUUGAUUGACUGGUUAUUACACGCAAUCCACUUUAAGUGGUCUCUAAAGGACUAAAUAGAAGGGGAUCCAGAAAGCAGGAAAGCAGGGUGGGAGCCGCCAUAAGGGCUGUAUUGAUUCGAGCUAUGGCCGCGAGUGACUACACCCUCCAGUGCCUGAUAAGCCGGGUAGACUGCCUGUAGUAUUUAGUGAAUAAGAUGGAAGUAAAAUAGCUACUGUGAGACAAUCAAGAAACGUGCAACGUUUUAAACGUUGCUUCACCGUGUACUCGGACAACGGUCUGUCAACAUUGCUGUCCAACACGCACAGUCGGCUGUUCGACUAAUUUGCCUGAAAGGAAAUGGCGGCUCUUAUCAAUACUACGACAACCUUCAUAAACGACGCUUAUGAUUAUUAUCUGUGGACCCUCUCACUGGCAGAUGAAAGAACGAGAGGAUGGCUCCUAGUGGAUUCUCCUAGACCUACCCUUAUCUAUACUAUGCUCUAUCUCCUGAUUGUCUGGGCUGGACCUAAGGUCAUGAAGAAGAGAAAAGCAUUCAAGCUUACUUGGGCCUUGGUGCCCUAUAAUCUUGCCAUGGCCUGCCUUAAUGCCUAUAUAGCAAUCCAACUUUUUGUGGCGUCAACCAGAUUACGUUACAGCUACGUUUGCCAACCGAUUAGACACGUGACGAGGCCUGACGAACUUCAGAUUGCCCACGCCGUUUGGUGGUACUACUUCAGCAAGCUUCUCGAGUUCUGCGACACGUUUUUCUUCAUCCUCAGGAAGAAGGAUAAUCAACUGAGCUUCCUUCACGUUUAUCAUCACUCCACCAUGUUUUCACUUUGGUGGAUUGGAAUAAAAUGGGUCCCCAGCGGAUCGACCUUCUUACCUGCAAUGGUGAACAGUUUUAUUCACGUAUUGAUGUAUUCCUAUUAUGGAUUGGCUGCUCUUGGACCAUCGGUAUCCAAAUACUUAUGGUGGAAGAAGUACCUCACCAUUCUCCAAUUGAUUCAGUUCACCACUGCUCUCAUUCUUGGAAUCAAUGGAAUCAGAUCAGGCUGUGAUUUUCCUCUUUGGAUGCAAUAUGCCCUUGUCAUCUAUAUGAUCUCCUUCAUUGUUCUCUUUGGAAAUUUCUAUGCGAAAGCUUACAUCGCCAAGGGUAAACGAGUGUAUGCAGCCAGUCGAUUGGCAGCAAGAACGAAGGAACUGAAGGCUAAGGCGAGUAACGGAAGUUUAUCUAAUGGACAUAGUAAUGGCUACACGAAUGGAGUAACCAAGAGGAAACAACAGUGAUUUUGGAUAACACCGCUAGACGUUUUAAAGUGGAUCCUCUUUUGGUUUUCAAGAAAUUCAUCGAGAUCAGCCGAAUUGGAUCCUCUGAUAUUCUGGUCCAAUCAAACUGCGUGAAGGGGCACGACUGAAAUCUAUUUUUUUUUUCUGCGACUGUAAAUAGAUUCUGAGUUACCGUGAAUGUGUUGGAGUGGAAGUUGCUGAUAAUGUUUAGCCUUGUCCAGUGUAACUUUCUUUAAUUGUCGAUUCGUUAUUCUUAUUUUAAUUCCAUAAGAACAAUUAACCGUUCCACCGUGACAGUCCAACAGUAUUCACUAUCAGCCAGGAGAGAUGGACUAAGAUCUUUUUUACAUUCUCAAUUUUCUACAUAGCAUGCAAAAUCGUUUAUCUCCUUCAUCUCAUGAAAUUAGCGAUCAAGUAUCUCAUUGACAAUGUAAUAGAACAGAGAGCCAGGAAGGAAGUGAAAAUCAUAGGAACUGGUGCAGAAAUGUGGACAAUAAAGGAAGAAAUGUUAGAAUCGACCGAUGGUCAUAGCUCCACGUUUAACGUAUAAAUUCUAGGCAAUAAUUAAACUUUGUUAUUUGUCUUUACCAUUGUCACGAACGUAAUGGAUAUUACAAUUUUUAUUAAAAGACAAAGAAAAAUC